AUGGCGUGUAGUGUUACAGCAGGAUUGAUUGAUACUGCUAUGUUUGUUGUUUCCAUCACAAUACCAGGAGGCAACAAAUCAGACUCGGGUUAUCUGAUAAUCCACAAAUCAGUGGUAUUCAAAGUCUAUGCAGUUGUAAAUAUGGUCUCGCUCUUCACAUCAAUUAUUUCACUCCUGAUGUUCCUGGCCGUAUACACUUUGCGUUAUGCCGAGGAAUAUUUUCUGUAUACACUGCCCAAGCGAGUAUUAAUUGGUAUGGUCACACUUUUCCUUUCCAUCUUUUCUAUGAUGAUGGCCUUCAAUGCGGCACUGUAUCUAGUAUUUUUCCGGGAGAAGACGUGGGCUAUAUAUUUGCUAGCUCCGGUUACUAUAUUACCGAGUGUUUCAUUCGUGCGGUUGGAGUUCCGACUUUUCAUUGAUGUAGUCUUCUCCGCAUAUAGCCGUGGUGCUUUCGGCAAGCAAAUAUGUAGCCUCUUGAGAAUGUUUUCUCUCGUGCGAGUCGCCAUCAUCCUCACUAGCAACACGGAGAAUGUUACAAGAACUCUUACCAAGAAAUUGUAG